AUGGAUGUUAUUCGUAAACAAACAGGUCAUUUUUUAGAAGAUUUUACUCCAGGACAGUUAUUUCGCCAUAAACGAGGCAAAACGAUAACUGCUGGUUUAUUUAAUGACUUUACCGAUUUCUCUUUUACAACAAACCCAUUAUCCAAAAAUAAUACCUAUGCGACUUUAUAUGGAUUUAAAAGUCUUGUUUGUCCUCCUGGCUUGGUGAUGAAUGUUGUUUUUAGUCAGACCGUAGAAGAUAUUAGUGAAAAUGCUCGCGCGAAUCUGGGCUAUAAAGAUAUGUGUUUUGGUGCGCCCCUGUAUAUUGGAGACACGAUUGAGGUAGAAACAAAAAUCCUCGAAAUUAUUCCUAGUAGUAAAAAUGAUGACCGUGGUGUUGUUACAGUACAAAGUACAGGUCGUAAUCAGCAUGGCAACGUUGUCUUAACUUUUCAGCGCUCUGUUCAAAUUUGGAAACGUGAUUCUAAAAAGAUAGUAGAACAUCAAAAGUUGGAUCAUGCGGAUCUUGUCGAAGCGAAACCAGUACUACCAGACUAUGACCAUAAUAAACGUUAUUCUGACAAAGCUUAUCUAACAACAUCUGAUAGCUAUUUUGAAGAUUUUAAACCAGGGACACUCCUUGAACAUAGUCGUGGACGUGUUGUUACAGAUGAACAUAUUGCCUUAACAGGUAAACUAGAUAAUACGAGCCAAGUUCACUGCAAUCAGUAUCUAAUUGAUGCAAACCCUGGAAAAUAUUUAGGUGGUAAGUUGCUUGUUUAUGGUGGUAUUCCUUUUAAUCUCUGCUUGGGAUUAAGCUGUGCAGAUAUUGGCGAAAAUGCACUUUCCGAUGUAUGUUACGCUUCUGGUAAACAUACUGCACCCAUUUUUGUUGGCGAUACUGUUUUCUGCAGCACUGAGAUUAAAACGGCUGCCCCUUAUCCGGAACGUGAAGACUUAGGCCUACUAACUACUGUAUUACGGGGUUAUAAAAUGCAGCGUCAAGAAGACGAUGGUUCUUGGCAACGGAUACAAAUUUUUGAGUUGGAACGUCAAUUAGCUAUUAAGCGUCGUAGCCAUUACGCAUAG